AUGUCACCGGUAGAAACGAAAAAUCAAGGAAAUUAUUCUAACGAAGAAAUUGGUCUAAGUAAGAUUGAUCCUUGGUUAAAACCGUUUGUUCCGGUAAUAAAACGCAGAUACGACACAUAUAAAAAGUGGGUAAGAGAAAUAAACCAAAAUGAAGGCGGGUUCGAAAAAUUUACACGUGGGUACGAACAUUUCGGCCUCAAUGUACAGCUAAAUGGUGAAAUUUUAUACCGCGAAUGGGCACCUAAUGCCGUGACCGCAAGUUUAAUUGGCGACUUUAAUGAUUGGGACAGUUCUAAACACCAAAUGAAAAAGAAUAAUUUUGGUGUCUGGGAAAUUUGUAUCCCUGCCAAGAAUGGUUGUGCUGCUAUUCCUCAUGGCUCUAAAAUUAAAAUCUCUAUGACUACACCUGAAGGUGAACGAAUCGAUCGUAUUCCAGCUUGGAUAAAACGGGUCACUCAAGACUUAAGUGUAAGUCCUGCAUAUGAUGCCAUCUUUUGGAAUCCACCUCAAAAAUAUGUAUGGAAAAAUGUCCUCCCAAAAAAGCCAAAUAGUUUGCGAAUUUAUGAAGCUCAUGUCGGAAUUUCUACAUCAGAACCACGUGUUGGAACCUAUGAUGAGUUCACGGAUAAUGUCUUGAAACGCAUCAAAAAUUUGGGAUAUAAUGCCAUUCAAUUGAUGGCUAUAAUGGAACACGCAUAUUAUGCAUCCUUCGGAUAUCAAGUGACAAGUUUUUUUGCUGCAUCCAGUCGUUAUGGUACACCUGAGGCAUUGAUGCGACUCAUUGAUACCGCCCAUGGUAUGGGUAUAUAUGUACUAUUAGAUAUUGUUCAUUCUCAUGCAUGUAAGAAUGUGCUUGAUGGAUUGAAUUUGUUUGAUGGGUCGGAUCAUUGCUAUUUCCAUGAAGGAGGAAAAGGACGACAUGAUCUCUGGGAUAGUCGUUUGUUCAAUUAUGGUCAUUGGGAAGUGCUUCGAUUUUUACUUUCAAACCUUCGUUUCUAUAUGGAAGAAUAUAAGUUUGACGGAUUUCGGUUUGAUGGGGUAACAAGUAUGAUGUAUAGUCAUCAUGGCAUUGGAACAGGUUUCUCUGGUGGUUAUCACGAAUAUUUUGGUGAUACUGUAGAUGAGGAAGGAAUCGUUUAUUUAAUGUUGGCAAAUGAGAUGAUUCAUAAACUUCAUCCUCGUAUGAUUACAAUUGCCGAAGACGUGUCCGGAAUGCCCGGUCUUUGUCGACCUGUAGAAGAGGGAGGGCUUGGUUUUGACUACCGAUUAGCCAUGGCUGUUCCUGAUAUGUGGAUUAAAUUAUUGAAAGAAAAGCGUGAUGAUGAUUGGGACCUUGGUAGCAUUUGUUGGACAUUGACUAACAGAAGACAUAUGGAAAAAACUAUAGCCUAUGCCGAGUCACAUGAUCAGGCUCUUGUCGGUGACAAGACGCUUGCUUUCUGGUUAAUGGACAAGGAAAUGUAUACAAAUAUGUCGGAUAUGACUCCACUUACUCCAAUAAUUGAUCGAGGAUUGGCUUUACACAAAUUGAUUCGCUUGAUUACUCAUGGCCUUGCCGGUGAAGGUUAUCUAAAUUUUGAAGGAAAUGAAUUUGGACACCCAGAGUGGUUGGAUUUCCCAAGAGCAGGGAAUAAUAAUUCAUUUCAUUAUGCUAGAAGACAGUGGAACGUAGUAGAUGAUUCUUUAUUAAGAUAUAAAUAUUUGAAUGAGUUUGAUAAAGCGAUGCAACAUUUAGAGGAAAAAUAUGGAUGGCUAAACUCACCUCAGGCAUAUAUUUCUCUAAAACACGAAGACGACAAAUUGAUAUCAUUUGAAAGAGGAAAUUUACUUUGGAUCUUUAAUUUCCACCCAACUAAAUCUUUUACUGAUUAUAAGAUUGGAACUGAAUGGGCAGGAAGAUAUUCAAUUGUUCUAAAUUCUGAUAGUAAGAAAUUUGGUGGACAUGAUAGAAUUGAUGAAAAUCAAUCAUAUUAUUCCCAACCACAGGAAUGGAAUGGAAGGAAAAAUCAUAUUCAGGUAACAACUAAAUGA